AGGAACGAAAAACAAAAGCAAGAAUUUUAUGGAUAAAAGGGUGACUAGAAGCUAGGGUUUUAGAGCAGAGCAAAAGCAAAGAGGUUGAAAUUGAAUGGAGACUUCUUUGAGAUAUGGCGGAGAUUCCAAGAUUCUCAGAAUCCGUGCCAAAGAGAAGAUUCCCUUUGAUUCCGAAACUCAUCUUGAGCUUCAUGGAGAGCUUGACACAAAGAUUGGAGCUCCGAGUUUCUUGAGUGGAACAAUAAGGCACUUUUACCCGGAUUUAUUGGCUAGCCUUGGUCUAGGCGUGCAAUAUGAUAAACGACAGAAACUCCGCUAUGUUGUCCGUGGGAAAAAGGAAUUUCCUGUGACAGCUGAUGGGAUGAUAAAAUUUCAUGUCAAGGGGAGGUGUGACAUUGGCAAAGAUUUUAUACAGAGGAAUACGAAAGGGCAUGCUGAACUUACGUGGGACAUUUUUAAUUUCCGGAAAGACCAGGAUGUAAGAUUGAAGAUUGGCUAUGAAGUUUCUGAUAAGAUCCCCUAUCUGCAGAUCAGAGAAAAUAAUUGGACAUUCAAUGCUGAUGUUAAUGGCAAAUGGAAUGUGAGAUACGAUUUGUAAUAGAUGAAAUGAUUAGAGAGUAUAUUGGUUUUGAGCCGAGGGUCUGGUUGUAGAGUAUGUCUGCAAUAUAUGUCCUGUUCUAGUUAAUAACUAUGAAAAUGGCUCUAGAAUUGUGAAACUCUUCGUCUUUGGCUUUGGAAAAAGAUAUUGCCAUGUUCAUUCUUCAAAACCUGAAAGAGGUAAAGCUGAUUAUCAUUUAAUCAA